AUGAAUAAUAAAGAUUAUUUGAAAAAAUAACUGGAAUACAAAUCCAAUCUUGUAGGAUAAGGAUUCCAUACCCAAUUAGAGGACAAUAGACAUGCAUGUGUGAACAUUUUUGGCGAAAUCUUGGAGGCUUCCAAUUUUGAUAAUAGCUAAAUUUUUCUAUAAUGGAAAUUCAAAAUCCCUCCUGGAUGGGAUUUAGAUGAUAAUGAGUUAUUGGAGCUCGAUUAAAAAGAAUACGAAGAUAUAUAAUUAGAAGAAUGGAAUAGAAUAUAGUCUAUUACGCAAUAAUCGAAAGUCAAUACAAUUAAAAAUGAUGAUGGCACUAUUACAGCUAAGGCUCAUUUUUGCUUUCCCUUUGACUUACAAUUAUAAGUAGACGAAAACGAAUUGAAUUUUGGCAAAUUUCCUCAACUUCUUGUGCAAGUGAGUUCAAUGGACUCUUGGGAAAGAAAUUACAUUUAGGGGUAUGGAUUCAUUGAAAUCCCUCAUACUCCAGGAUUUCAUGAAAUUACAAUGAAAACCUAUAGACCUAACGAUGAUCUUUACACAAGAGUUUAUGAAUUCUUCUUGGGAGGAGGCACCAAAGUCAAAGACUUAGAUUCCAUUUCCAAUGCUUUCUAUUUUGACAAACAAAAUUAACCCAAAGUUUUGAAUAGAUUUCCUAUUGACACAGAGAGUUCAGGGGACAUCAAAAUAAGAGUUAAUGUCUCUAUCCAAAGAGAGUCCUAUCAAACUAUGAGUAGAAAGAAGGAUUACUAAUAAAAAAAUUAAGAAAUGAAAACAAAGUAUAGGGAAAGACUCGAGUACAUGCAAUAAUAAUAGGAAAUCUAGACUGGAUUACCCACAGCAUUAAUUAAAACAGAUAUGGGUUAUGUGAAUAGAUUUCAUACAACUAAUUUACCAUAAUAUUGA